AUGGAUUUAGUUGCACCACCCGAACAAUUUUGUUCAUCUCCCCACUUCCACAUAAUCAGAGCUAGGGUUUCGGAUAGCACCGUUUCGCGUCCUUUCAUUCUAUCUUCUGAUACUGUUACUCACUUUACAAAAUUGAAAGCGACUAGGUCUAGAAAGCGUUCAGACAAUCGCGUUUUCGCAGUCUCCAAGUCCGAAACUUCUGGUUUGAACGGCAGACUGCAGCAAAUUGUGAGCACCCCAAACGGGGACGUGAAUGGCAUAGCAACCGAAUCUUCGGCAAACGGGGUGAACUGUUCCCGGAACUACGAGGAGUUUGCGAGCAAUGUUCAUCUCCGGAAGUUGAUUAGAAACGGGGAAUUGGAGGAAGGGCUGAAGUUUCUGGAGCGCAUGAUUUACCAAGGGGAUAUCCCUGAUGUCAUUGCUUGCACCAGCUUAAUUCGAGGGUUUUGCAAGGGUGGGAAGACUAAGAAAGCAACGAGAGUCAUGGAAAUUUUGGAGAAUUCUGGAGCUGUUCCUGAUGUCAUAACUUACAAUGUUUUGAUUGGUGGUUAUUGCAAAUCAGGGGAGAUAGAUAAAGCCUUGCAGGUUUUGGAAAGAAUGAGUGUCGCUCCUGAUGUUGUUACGUAUAACACGAUUUUGCGUAGUUUGUGUGGCAGUGGGAAAUUGAAGGAGGCAAUGGAGGUUCUUGACAGGCAGCUGCAGAGGGAGUGUUAUCCUGAUGUGAUUACUUACACGAUUUUGAUUGAAGCUACUUGCAAUGAAAGUGGCGUUGGUCAAGCGAUGAAACUGUUGGAUGAGAUGAGGAAUAAAGGAUGUAAACCUGAUGUGGUCACUUACAAUGUUCUUAUCAAUGGUAUUUGCAAGGAGGGUAGGUUGGAUGAGGCUAUUAAGUUUUUGAAUAACAUGUCUUCGUAUGGUUGUCAACCGAAUGUGAUCACUCAUAAUAUUAUUCUGCGUAGCAUGUGUAGUACUGGGAGAUGGAUGGAUGCUGAGAGGCUGUUAGCUGAUAUGCUGAGGAAGGGUUGUUCCCCUAGUGUUGUUACUUUCAAUAUCUUGAUCAACUUUUUGUGCCGGAAACGGUUACUGGGGAGAGCCAUUGAUGUCUUGGAGAAAAUGCCAAAGCAUGGAUGUGUACCAAAUUCCUUGAGUUACAAUCCAUUGCUUCAUGGGUUUUGUCAAGAGAAAAAGAUGGAUAGAGCGAUUGAGUAUUUGGAAAUAAUGGUGUCAAGGGGUUGUUACCCGGAUAUAGUGACCUAUAACACUUUGCUUACAGCACUAUGCAAAGACGGGAAGGUGGAAGCUGCAAUUGAAAUACUGAAUCAACUGAGUAGCAAGGGAUGCUCUCCUGUUUUGGUUACGUAUAAUACAGUUAUUGAUGGUCUUGCAAAGGUGGGAAAAACAGAGUCUGCUGUGGAACUCUUAGAAGAGAUGCGUAGAAAGGGUCUUAAACCUGAUACAAUUACGUACUCGUCACUGCUUCGGGGACUUGGUCGUGAAGGAAAGGUUGAUAAGGCUAUCAAAAUUUUCCAUGACAUGGAAGGAUUAAGUAUUAAGCCCAAUGCUAUCACUUACAAUUCAAUCAUGUCCGGACUUUGUAAGGCUCGGCAAACUAGUCGUGCUAUUGAUUUUCUGGCAUAUAUGGUAGAGCAAGGAUGCAGACCUACCGAAGCAACAUAUACCAUUCUUAUAGAAGGUAUUGCUGAUGAAGGAUUAGCUGAGGAAGCUUUGGAGUUGUUGAACGAGUUGUGUUCCAGAGGAUUUGUGAAGAAAAGUUCAGCUGCACAUGUAGCAGUCAAGAUGUAG